GAGCAAGGGGAAGUGCUGGAAAAAAAGGAUCAGAGGAGAGAUGCCGACAAAGCACACGGAAUAAUAGCACUGACUCUAACUUAAAAAACAAAAACAAUAACAAGAGGCAUUAAUUAACAGUGGUUAUUUCGUAAGAACGGCUUUAAAACUAGUUUGUUUUAUAUCAUUGCUUAUAGCUGUACAUCCUUAAAUAGCUUUACAUAUAAUAUAUUCAGAUAUAUAAUAUAUACAGAUAUAUACAUAUAUAUAUACUACAUUGUAUGCUAAAGGGAUUCCCUCAACUUUCAACUUUAUUUUCUCUCACUUUCGUUUUCUCUGGACUCCUUUUUGUUAAAUUAAUUGCAUUUAUAUAUAUAUAUACAUCUGUCAAUUUAAUAGUUAAUGUAAUUAUAAUAAAACUAACAAGUAAAUCUACAAAAACAAACAACACAGUCUCACUAUAUAUAUAUAUAUAUAUAUAUAUUUGCUGCGUGUAUAGGCAUGUGUUGGUGUAGAAGAGGAACCGCCUGAUUGAGGAAUGAGAAGUGGAAACAGGAAGAACAACAUUAACAUCAAAAACAGGAGCAGCAAGAAUUCGGAAAAAAGUAACAAGAAAAACAGCAGCAGCGUCAAAUGAAAAAUACAAUCAACACAACACUCCUGUCUUUAUCAACGACAGCACAUAUUCUCUAUAUACACACUACAUAAAGAUAUAUAUUCGCGGAUAGACAUACAUUGCGCAUAUGUAUAUAAACCAUAUAAUAUAGUUAUAUAGUAUAAUAUAUAGAUAUAUACACACACACCCUCUUUAUACAUAUACACACGUAAAAGAAGAAAAAACAAACUAUAGUACAAGGAAAUCAUAAAGUUGGCCUUAUUGUACUUAUUAAUUACCCAAAACGGAGACAAGUGGCAAGGAUAAUUACCAAGAUGUCUCAACCGGUUUGUGAACUGAAUGAUGGUGUUAAAGAAAGAAUCAAACAGUUCCGUUUCUCUAACAAUAAAUGUACUGCUGCUGUUAUCUUGAAAGUGGAUACAAACACUCUGAAGGUUAUUAUAGACACAGAAUAUGAGGAUUGUACAAUGGAUGAGAUCCAGGAAGAGUUACCUGUUUCACAACCCCGGUUUAUUGUUCUCAGCUACGUGUAUCACCAUGAUGACGGUCGUGUAUCAUAUCCUCUGAUAUUCAUCUUCGUCAGCCCACAGGGUUGUAAACCCGAGCAACAGAUGCUUUAUGCAGGAUCCGUGAGAGCACUAACAAAGGAAUUGGAAAUGACCAAGGUUUUUGAUGUUCGAAGUACUGAUGAGUUCACAGUGGAAUGGAUCGAAGAGAAGCUGAAACAUACUGCUUAAAGAAUAACGUCUGUGAAAUAACUUCUACUUUGUUGUUUUUUUUUUGUUCAUUCUGUCUGUCUGUUACUCUCUCUGUUCUCCCUCCCUCUCCCUCUCUCUCUGUCUCUCUUUUUCUCUAUCUCUAUCAACCUGAGUUGUCUGGGGUUUUUUAACAUUUUGAUUUUUUUCUUUUACCACAUAUUUUUUUUACCUAUGUUCUGCCCUUAUCUUAUCCACUAAUUCAUAUUAGAUUAUCUUUUAGUUAACAGAUAAAAAGAAAACAAAUACUCCUACACAUUCACAUAUAUACACAUAUACAAUCACAUACACUGAUCUAUACACUUGCUCUCUCACUUACUCUAACUUACUCACAUACACACACACGUUUAUAGUAAAGACAAAAUAGCUGAGUGGAUAAGAUAUUCGGACUGCUGGUUCAAGGACUGUAUAUUCAAGUAUGCUGCAAGAGUUUUGUUGUGUUUCUGGGGCAAGGCACUAAGUUCUCCACUGUGUUCAGUUAGCCUUAAUGUCUGGGCCAGACUCCUGGUUUUCCUGGGAAAUUUUCCUGUGAUAGAUUGGUAUCUGGGAUAUAUAGACUGACAUCUAAGACGAUAUAUAUAUAUAUAUAUAUAUAUAUAUAUAUAUAUAAUGUCUAGUAACUGUUGUUACAUCUAUAUUAUGGUUUCAUGCUUGUACCCAAGUAUUUGCACACAGUGAACU